AUCGCCUGUGAAUCUGUGCGUGUUCCAUGUUUUCGCCGCCAUUUUUAUUUUGUGUAAAAAUUGCUUUUAUCCGUGUGCUAUACCCUUGAUCUUCUUGUGUUUUUAAGUAUUCUUUAGACUUUUAUUAAAUUAUGGUGAGACAAAAGUGUUUUUUGUGUAAGGUUGAGGCUGGGAAAGCAGGAAGUGAAGGGAUAUGUUUUCACAGACUACCUGCAAAUGAAAAGCAGAGAGAGAAAUGGAUGUCUCUCUUGGAACUUACCGGGCUAGAACCUCAAUCCCACAAAGUGGUUAGAAUAUGCUCAAAGAAUUUUUUGCAACAAGAUUUCACUACUGACUCUAGUGGCAGAACUUGGCUAAAAUCUGGAGCUGUUCCAAAGCCCAUUUGACCAGUUGUUUCCUCUCAAUGGUAAGAAUUUUAUACACCCACAAAAUGUUUUUUAGAUUAUUUUGCCCAAGGCCACCUUACGCUAUGUAGUUGGAUACACAGGAAGUUC